AUGUCGAGGUCGGGAAAUUCAUCUAGGAAAAUAAAUACUAGUAGUCCCGACAGGAAGCCUAGUGUAUUUGAAAGAUUAGGAACCAAAUCUAGUUCUAUUUCUUCAAAAAAUAUUUGCCAGAGUUGGGCACAAAAUGGAACCUGCCCACUCAAUAAACAAUGCAAGUUUGUAAAUAGUCAUAUUUUGACUAGUCCAUCUAAAAGAACUAAACCUGAAAUUUCCAAAAAGUCUGUUAACAUUCAUAAAAAAAUCAAAGAUGAUAAUAGGAAAUCAGUAAGGUCACUUCAAGGUUCAGAUUUAGAGUGGGAAGGAUGGGAACUACGAGAUUUAGAAGAAGCAGAUGAAAAGGCUUUAGAGAAAAGAAAGGAGGAAUUACAAAGGGAGCUUCAAAUUCAGUUGAAAAAGGAAAAGGAGUUAAAUAAACAAAAAGAAAAAAAAAAUGAAAAGAGAGCUGCAUCAUCCAGUAGUUCAUCUACAACUACUUCCGAAUCAUCCACUUCUUCCACUUCAACUAGUAGUUCCUCAUCUGAGCCUGAAAAAAGAUCUAAUCGUAAAAGGAAGCAUUCAUCUUCAUCCUCUGAGUCUGAUAAGCGUUUGCAUCGUCAGAAAAAGAAUCCAAAAAUUUUGAAAACAAAAACGAAUAAUUCCAAGAGAACUGUUGAAAAAAAAGAAUCUCAUAAUGGAACAGAUAGAAAAAAUAAGAGUGUUAUAGUUUCAAAAAAACUUUCAGUUCAAAAAAAAGGUUUUAGUCCUAGCUGGGAAAAAUCUCGGGGGCGAUCUCUUGUCAGGCAUUUACCUUUAAAAAAGUCUUCUCCACGCUGUAGUUCGGAAACCACUAAAAAUAAAAGUUCCUCUCCCCAAUAUGAGAAAACGCUCGGUAAAAACAAAAGUAAAAUUUUUUCUCCAAAGGGAAAAGAAUCUUCUCCUAAAAGAGGCGUCAAAAAAGUUAAGGACACCAGUCAUUCAGUUAAAGACAAAACAAAACAGUCUCCAUUAAAAGCACAAAAUUCACCUGCUAGAAAUCACAAAAUGUCUUCACCUAGAAUGCGAAGACACGACACGUCUACAGAUAAGCGUCGUUCUCAUUACGAUGAUCAAAAAAGUUCACCCAGAAGAGAAAAAAGUCGAAAAACAGUUCGCAGAGACAAAAGUAAUGAGAAUGAUUCCAGUGGAGGUCUUAAAAAGGGCGGAAAAAUUUUACCAUUAAAGCCCCCUGCAUAUAUGAAAGAUAAUUAUUUAAAAAAAGAAUCGGGACAUUCAAAAUCGUCUGAAAAAAAUUCAAACGAAAUAAAAGGCAAGCAAGAAAAUGUUGAAAAAGACAGAAAACGCAGCGACCGAGAGAAAAUUAAAGAAGAGAAAGACAAAGGUAAAUGCGAAAAAGACAAAUUAAAACCCAAAAAAAACAAUAGUGAUCAUGAAAAGCGUUCUUUAAGAGAAAAAGAUUUAGAAAGAGACACGGUUAGAAAUAAAAGUAAACGUAGUCGCGAACUCGAAUCAGGUCGUGUAAGGGUUACUAAAGAACGCGAACUGGAACGUCAUAAAGAAAAAGAUGAAUCACUGGAACGAUGUAGAGAACGUCAACGUGAAAGAGAAAAAACAGACAAGGAUAGAAAGGAAAAAGAUAAAAAACAUCGCGAGGCUAUGGAUGGCAAACUAAAAGAUAUAAACAAAGAAUCAUCUCUAUUGUUAGAUCGAAAGUCAGAGGGCUUUUCGAGAAACUCCGGUGAUUCUAGUACUAUUAAAUCGUCCGAAAAACUCGUAUUGCGUGACCGUAGAAACAAUGAAAAAUCUGGCAAUCAAAAUAAAGAUGGAAAAGAAGUACAUGUAACAGAAAAAGAUCACGAUCGACGAGACGCAAGGCGUUCUGAUGAAAAUGAAAGAAAACAGUUGGAGAGAGAUUACGAUAGUAGAAAAAGUAGAGAUGAUAUGCGCAGUGCCUUGGAACCUCCGCGUCGAAGUAUAGGAGAUGGAAAACGAACAAUAGACAGUGGAAACGAUUCCAGGAGACAAUGGGAAGAAGGAAGACACACGGGAGAUUCAUUGGGCGAUAGGAGAAGAGUUUUAGAUUCAAACAACGACAGAAGACUUCAUUCUCUGGGUAGAAGACCUGCAGAAGACCUAUACAGACGUGGAAGAAGAGAAGGAGAAUCAGAUCUUAGGGAAUUUUCUAUAGAUGAAAAAAGAAGCCGAAGAAUAUUACACAACUGUAAUGAUUGGAAUACCAAAGAUUCAGGUCUUGAUUAUAAAAAUUCGGAAGGAAGGGAUGAUUGGAAUCAUAUAGAUAGACAUCGAGAAUGGAAUUCAAGAAAACCCCACGACGAUUGGAAAUCAGAAUGGAUUCAAGAAAAGCCUCAUAAACUAUAUUGCGAAGAACAUGAGCAGGACGAAAAAAAACUUGGUAUCCAUGAAUCGAACGUGACUAUUAAUACCGAAAAAGAAAAAGAAACGAUAAAAGUAGAAUCUGGUAGUCAGUCUGCUCAUAAUGAAAAAUCUUUAAAAGAAGAAGAAGAUGCUUUGAGUGACAUCAGUGACGAUCCCGAUGAUAUCCUUAAUCAAGAUGACGUAAGCGAGCGUUCAUUAGAUUUUGAAGAAAUAUCGGAUGAAGAACUAGAAGAAGAAGCCCGUGCUAGUAAAGGAAUUGUUGAUGUAUUGGGUGCCGAUUGGGCAACUUUACUUACAGAAACUCGUUCAAAAAUUAAAAGAUCAGAAAAUUUAAGUUCAGGACAUCGUCGUUGGAUGAUAAAAAAACUUGUCACAAAUUUAGGAAUUUCAAUUAAAUACGCUGGAGAGGAAUUUUCCGAAAAUCUUUUAAAUAAUGAAGAAAACGAAAAUUCCGAAGUAAAAAAUUCAAUUUUUAUGAGAUUAAGCGAUUCAACAGAAGACAAACUCGUGGAAAACAACCAAGAAUUAAACGUAGAAGAACAAGAUAAAUUAAAUUCACCUAAAAAUGAAUCCAAUUUCAAAUUAGAUUUUACAUCCGAUUAUAAAAACAAACCUAGUUAUAUAUUUCACUCUAUUCCUGCAUUGCAUAGCGCUGUAGUUAGUAAUAGAUCAUUAAAAUCAUUUUUAUUUAUGUCUCAAGUUCGUUUUAAAAGAGCACUUUCUGCAAGAACGGAUCUUUCUUUAAGGUAA